UACUGUUGCAGUGCUGCAUCAACCAAUUCCUAGAGCUGCAAAUGAUUACGGAUCAAGCUUCCUUCCAGGAAACAGCUAUGACUUUCCAAAGGCCAUUUGAGAAUGGCAGCAAAUGUUGCAGCCACUCCUCUUCUCCCACCAGCAUCCCCUAUGGUGUCCUUAACAAGGAAGAGCAAAAGAGGAGUCAGUGGGCCCAUCAGGAUUUCCCUUUGUUCCCAUCCAUUGACUGCCCCUGCAGAGAGAACAGACAGGUCAUUCUGAAAUCUCCAAACAUCAUUUGUCUUAGAGUUUCAGAAGUGCUUCUGAAAACCAUCACUUUUAUAAGGAAACUGCCUUCAUUUUUUCAGCUGCUUCCAGAAGACCAAAUCUUACUGAUAGAACAGUGUUGGGCACCUCUCUUCAUAUUGGGCCUAGCUCAAGAGCAGGUUGAUUUUGAACUGGAAGAGAUCUCAACUCCUAGCUUGUUGAAAAGGAUCCUUGUUAACCAGCCUCUGACAAAUAAUGAACAACUACAAAAUGAACUCUUGGGAGUGUCACUGAUGGAAGCUCAGAAGCUAAAAUUUUUCUUGGGGAAAUUCUGGGAUUCAAACAUUUGUGUCAAAGAAUAUGCAUACCUCAAAGGAAUUGUUCUUUUUCACCCUGAUAAGUCCUAUUAUAUUCAAGAAAAACAUAUUUCUUGGCCAAAUUUUAUAGAACUCAAUGAUCUAAAAUACUGUCAUUCCUUUACAGACAUCCAGUACCUAAAAUGCUGCAUCUACAUCCAGGCUCUUCAGCUGGAAGCACAGCAAAUGCUGAUGGAGUUCAUCUCAAUGAUUCACUGCAGGAAUCUGGGGAGAUAUACUUGCUGGCUGAUGGAACUGCUCGGAUUUUUGAGGAGUUUCCAAACAAAUACAGUUGGAGAACUCUUCUUUGGAGACAUCAGUUUAAGCAACUUACUCCUAGAAACACUUUACAGCAAAUAG